UUAUAUUUAUAAGGACCAAACCCAAAUCCUCCUUCCAUCAUACACCUUCAAACUUCUGAUUCUUCUUCUUCUUCUCUCUCUGUUAUUGCUUUUGUUAUAUACCAAACAAAUGGGUUCCUACAGGUUUUUUGGCAUCAUGGCCAUGUUUCUUUUUCUGCUGUUUCCCUUCGCUGCCAAAGGGGAUAAUAAUAUUACUGAUUCUUUUCUUGAUAAGGUUUGUGAAGAAGUGGAAUGUGGGAAAGGAAGGUGCGUUGUGAAUACAAGUUAUCCAUUAAACUUCAUUUGUGAAUGCGAAUCUGGCUGGACGAGAACUCAAGACGAUGAUGAUAAAUAUGCCACCAGCUUUCUUCCAUGUGUCAUUCCCCAAUGUAGCUUGAACUAUGGUUGUCAACCAGCACCACCGCCAGUUCCAGAGAAGAGUUUUCCACACAACUUGUCAGCUUUUAAUCCUUGCUAUUGGGCGUACUGUGGGGAAGGAAAAUGCACGCAGAACAGGACACAUACAUACUCAUGUGAAUGCAGCACCAAUUACUUUAAUCUUCUCAACAUCUCCGUUUUUCCUUGUUACAGCGAAUGUACUCUUGGAUCUGAUUGUUCGAAGCUUGGAAUAAAAGUUGCAGAUUCAACCAGUGGCAGUCAAGAUAACUCAGGCUCGGUGUUCAGAGGAAGGUUCCAUUGGAUGAUUAUGUUGAUGAUGUCCACGGGUAUGGUGAUGUGGAGCUAAAGACUGAAAGGGAUGCAGAAAAUUAUUUUGGUCGAUAAUUGAUUUCAUUGUUGUUCAUCACUCAUUGGGGUGUGAAUGUGAUGACUAUUGUUGCUAUAGUGUAUGUUAUACUGUAUGCACAUACGUAGACAGUACGAAUGAUUUGUUUUUUGUACAAUAAAGGGAGUGAAAAUAUUUGAACUUUAGAGCUUUUGUAAACUACUAAAACUCCGCCGUUUGUGGAUUUUAGGUUUUACAUAGUUAAUUCUAUUACUGCAGUGUUAUUGUAUAAAUA